UGAGAAUAAAGGCGAGCGAAAGAGACAAACGUAUAGAGCGCGAAGGCAGCCAAUAAGAGCGCGCCUGAGCUGUAAACGCGCGCAGCUUACAGUUAUAAGCGACGCCUAAAAGUAGAAGACAGCAUUAGAGCAGCCAAGGAGAACGAGCUUAUGUGUGCGUGUGUGUGCGUGUGUGUGUAAGCACUUAUACGUAUAAGACAUAAGAACUAUUAACAAGUGACUUGAAGCAAAAUAGCCAUAAGUUUUACUUAUACUUCAACCAUACUCAAGGCUCUGCGAAGAGCGAGCGGCCGGAAGUAUUCGUAUAAGACGCAAGGCAGUAAAUAGUAAGAGACGUAUACCAAGUUAUACGUGCGUAGCCCGGACAGUAUAUGACGCAUUGAUUGGUCAACUGUACGCAAUUGAAUAGAACUCUCGGAAUAAAAUACUUAACAGAAUGUUAACGCGAUCGCUGUUACGUCUGCUGCUAGCAGCGGUGCUGCUGUUAGCGCUAGCAGCGGAAUCGCUGGGCCACAGAGACUGGAUGCAGAACUGCAGCAAUUGCCACUGCCAUUGGAACUCGGGCAAGAAGAGCGCCGACUGCAAGGGCAAGAAGCUGACGAAGAUUCCGCAGGACAUGAGCAACGAGAUGCAGGUGGUGGACUUCUCACAGAACCAAAUACCCGAGCUGCGACGCGAGGAAUUCCAGGUGGCGGGCCUACAGAAUUUGCAUAAGAUCUACCUGCGCAACUGCACGAUCCAGGAGGUGAACCGCGAUGCGUUCAAGGGACUGCCCAUACUGAUCGAGCUGGACCUGUCCAGCAAUCACAUCAAGCACCUGCAUCCGAGCACAUUCGCAGGCGUGGAGAAGCUGCGCAUCGUGAACAUCAACAACAACGAGAUCGAAGUUCUGGAGAGCGGCUUGUUUGUCAAUUUGCCGUUUCUGUCGCGCGUCGAGUUCAACAACAACCGCCUGAAGCAGGUGCAGCUGAACGUGUUUGGGGGUCCGCUGACCUCCAUUUCGCUGGAACAGAAUCAGCUGACGCACCUGAACAAGGAGACGUUCGCCAAUCUGCCCAAGCUGACGUAUCUCUCGCUGCAGGGCAACGCAUGGAACUGCAGCUGCGACCUGCAGGAGUUCCGGGACUUUGCCAUUGCCAGGCGACUCUUCACACCGCCCACCGACUGCCGGGAGCCGCCCCAGUUGCGGGGCAAGCUGUGGAGCGAGGUGCCGUCGGAGAACUUUGCCUGCCGGCCCCGCAUACUCGGCUCCGUGCGCUCCUUCGUCGAGGCCAACCACGACAACAUCACGCUGCCCUGCCGCAUCGUCGGCACCCCCCGACCCAACGUCACAUGGAUCUACAACAAGCGCCAACUGAAUCCGAGUCCCAACGACCAGCACCUGCGCAUACUGAACUCGGUGGGCGAGCAGGUGAACGGACAGCAGCCGCCUGUCCAGGUGUUGACCUCAGAGCUGCGCAUCUACGGCGUACGGAACUCGGACAAGGGCGCCUACAUAUGCGUCGCGGACAACCGAGGGGGCAAGGCGGAGGCCGAGUUCCAGCUGCUGGUCAAUGGCGACUAUCUGGGCGCAGCAGCUGCCUCCGACGGCCUGGCCGGCAUUAGUGGAGCCAUCGGCGCCUCGACCAGCGAUCCACAGACGAGCAUCAUCUUGGUGAUCUGUGUGAUAGCGACGACAUUUCUCGUGCUGCUCAUCUGCGCGGUGCUGAUCCUGUUCUGGUACUGUCGCCGGGUGAAGACCUACCAGAAGGACAACACAAUGAUGAGCGGCGACGGCUUGAUCUCCUGCAAGCUGGACAAGACCCACAACGGCUCGAUGCUGGAGGGGUCUGUCAUCAUGGAGAUGCAGAAGAGUCUGCUCAACGAGGUGAACCCGGUGGAGAAGCCACCGCGACGCACUGACAUCGAGAGUGUCGAUGGUGGAGACGACGGACACGAGAUCAAGAAGACCCUGCUCGAUGAAACGGCAUACGGUAAGUUAUUCAAGUGGCAAGAGGGGUAG